AUGUUCAAGCCAAAGUUCAGUCAGUCUCCACGCUUAUGUGGGGAAGCAGUCAAGGGUAUCUUCUUAAGUGUUAUCUUCGAGAAUACUGUGUGGGGAUGGUUAUGGGCAUUGUGGCAGAUUGAGAACAAAACGUUUGUGGGGACGAACAGGACCACUGUGGCACUUCACUACACAUACGAAGUGGUCAUUCCCUACAUACGACUCAAUCCUGAUCCCCACCGUUGUCCCCACGAAGGAUCCCCCAGGAUUCAGAACAUAGUGGCUCUUGCUGCAGGAUAUAUGGCUAUCACGAUCUUUCCAUAUCAACUGCAAAACUGA